GAUCGAUCCAUACCAAUGUGAGCAAGAUCUAAGCCUUCGACAAUCUGUCGAUCCACGCGCGACAUCCAGCUCAAGUUUCCAAAGUCACUUUUGGCCACUUGGAGCAGUGCCCAUUCCCAAAUUGCCGUAUUCAUUGCACUAUUCCUAAACACUAAAAGGCCUUUGGGGCCUAUAAUACCUUCAAGAUGUUCAAAACCUCCCUAACCGCUUCCCCGAAGCAAAAAGUAAAAUCCUCGGCCCAGCGCGCCGUCCGCCAGCAGCUGCUGGAACGGUAUCCGCUCCUGACGCCCUUUAUCGACGAGAUCCUGCCCAAGAAGUCGUCGCUCGAGCAGAUGAAGCUUCCGCACCCGGACCGUGUGAUGCUCUACGUCAUCGACGGCCAGCCCGUCUGCUUCCAGUACGACCUCCCCUCGGGCGGUACCGCCAUCCUUCCGCACCUCAGGCUCGUCCACCGCUUCCCCCAGGCCUUUCCGACCGUCCGCAUCGAUAGGGGAGCUAUUCGGUUUGUUCUCAGUGGUGCCACCCUUAUGGCGCCUGGUCUGACCAGCAAGGGAGGCCGGUUGCCGCUCGUCGAGGGCGAGCCGGGGGAUAAGGUGGAUGAUGAUGGCCACUGGGGUCGGGAGUUGGAGAAGGGUGAGGGUGUGGUGGUUACUGCCGAGGGGAAGGAGGAGGCUUGUGCGGUGGGAUUGUUGGUUGCUGGGACCAAAGAGGUUAAGGAGAAGGGCAAGGGGCCUGUCGUCGAGGAUGCGCAUUACCUUGGUGACGGACUGUGGACGUUACAAGUCGAUUAAAGGAUGGGAUCUGCCUUUUCGGUAGUGGGUGGGACAUGUCAGUAAUGAGCCAAGCGGACCACAUGUUGAGGGAAGCUGAAGCUAUAUAUAUGAGCUCAGUCAGCAUGCCCGGACAUGAUUCUGGGUAUUUGUGGUGGUAGCAUACUGGUUCACCUCAGUGUGCAUGAAUUAAGAACCUCAUUCGCGCCAAGGCUUUGAGGGGCACAAGGUUAAGCCGUAUUCUCAUGGGUUUAGACAGCCCAGACAUUAGCGUACCCAAACGACAUCCGACGCCGGAAAAGGCGUUGAAAGAAAAUGAGAAACUAUCCAAAAGAAUUUAUAAAAAUUAUCCAGAAAACGCCUUGCUAAGUGAAUAUUUAUAUAUGCAAUAUUUUUA